ACAUGCAGCUAACGCUGUACUCCCCAAACCAAGCACUCAUCUCUGCUCCAAGCACUGGUUGAGGCAUGCCAGUGACGCUGCGUCUCUUUGUUUAAUACUGCCUUUAGAUACACUGGUGCCUGUUACACGAUGCCGUUUACAUUCGCUCCUGUGCCUGGAGUCUUUGAUUUGCCCACCUCCAAAACGUUCGAUUUGCUUUCGCGGAAUCCAGAGCUGUGGAACAAGUCCAUGGAUAGUGUCCGUGCUAAUGCGACUGGGAUACGGGAACUGGAGACAUCUCUGCACCGGCAUGCGCAUCAGUUCACUCCCUUCUCCCCCUCAACCUCAGUGUUUCUGGCUGUGCUAAUGACUUUCGUAGUCUUCGCCACUGUGCUUGGGAACGCACUUGUUAUUCUGGCUUUUGUGGUGGAAAAAAGUUUAAGAACACAUGGGAAUUUUUUCUUCUUGAAUCUGGCUAUUGCCGAUUUGAUAGUGGGGGGCUUUUGCAUUCCAGUGUACAUCCCAUAUGUGUUAACGGGGGAGUGGAGACUGGGAAGAGGACUUUGUAAACUCUGGCUGGUAGUGGAUUACAUGGUCUGCACGGCGUCAGUUUUCAACAUAGUCCUUAUAAGCUUUGACAGAUUUCUAUCCGUAACCAAAGCGGUGAGCUACAGGUGCCAGAAAGGAGUAACGUCAGUAGCGGUGCUGAAGAUGGCGAGCGUGUGGCUGGCUGCGUUUCUGCUUUACGCACCGGCCAUCAUCAGCUGGGAGCACAUUGCAGGCGGGAGCGUGGUGCCUUCUGGGGAGUGUUAUGCAGAGUUCUACUUCAACUGGUACUUUCUGAUAACGGCCUCCACUGUGGAGUUCUUCGCGCCAUUUCUAAGCGUCACCUACUUCAACCUCAGUAUCUACAUCAACAUCAGAAAGAGGACUGUCCUCCGAGAGCAACAGCCGGUCAACAUGGAGUUUGGAAACUGCGAGAUGGAGUCAGUGGGACCAAGUGGUGUUCACCGUGUGUUCUUUAUCAGACCAGUUCAGACGCAUACCACCACCAGCAGCAGCAAAGGAAAUGGCACGCGCUCUCGGUGUUGCCGGUUGCCAAGCGCGAGGGUUGCUGCUGCUUCUGGUGGUGCUGACGGUGAUGCCAGAAAGCACGCAAGGCGUGAAAGCGCCGCUCUCGACCUUCCUCCCUUACAAGUUGGAGAUUUGGGGCAGCCAUCCGCGGCUCCUCCGCGAUUGCACAAUGUCGAGCAGUCAUUUGAGCCGGUGCGAACACGCUCUGACGCAUCAGCUAACUUGGCGAGCCGAUUCCGUCUCUCCAGGGACAAGAAAGUAGCCAAGUCUUUGGCAAUUAUCGUUUGCGUUUUCGGCCUCUGUUGGGCGCCCUACACCCUUCUCAUGAUCAUCCGAGCCGCCUGUCACGGACAGUGCGUUCAACACUACAUGUACGAGAUUUCCUUCUGGUUAUUGUGGCUGAACUCCUCCAUAAACCCAGUCCUUUACCCCCUAUGUCACAGCAGCUUCCGAAGAGCCUUCAGCAAACUCCUCUGUCCCAACAAAAUCAGCGCCCAGCCGCAUUACGCGGAACAGAACUGCUAGGAUUUUUUUUUUUAAUGUUAAAAGGCUAUUUGGGUGGCAUCCACCCUGGGCAUUUUGAAGCUACUACCUUCCAGACGUAGUGUUGAUCAAUUGUCUGGAAUAUUUUGAUUCAAGACCACAUAAUCGUUCAGGCGUCGUUUUGUGUGAAGCUAGGAUGAAUAUGUGCUAAGUGUUAAAGUACUAUAAAAUAAUACUUUGUGUUUACAGUUUUACAGUGCACGAAUGACUGUACAUAGCAUCAAGGCAUGUGUAGUUUACUCAAAGCAGAAAAGUAAACAGUCUUUGAUUUCUUAUUUAUUUAUUUAUUUAUUUAAUGCAAGUGAGGGAAAAAUCAAUUCACAUACACAUAUACCGACUGAUCUGUCUCAGACAAUGCUGAGCCUUCCUAAAUAGUUUGAGUGAAAAGCAUGACUGUCUUACAGGUAUGUACAGCAUAAAUAAAUUUGUAUUGUGGUUAGGAUCUGUUAGUGUGUUAAUGUGUAUGAGAAACAUGAUCAGAUCAACUUUUUUUUUUUU